AUGAAGGGGCCGUCGGUGGGCGCGCAGGCGCUGCUGGCUGCAGCUUGCUGGGUGCUGGUGGAUGGUGAAGGGAUUGGACUACUCCAAAAUGAUGUUUACCAGAAAGAGGGCAGCAAAGAUUUGGCAGCUUCCCAGCUCCUUCCAGUCCGGGAGAUUUUGAAGCGUGAAAGAGAGCGAGAGGCAAGCGUCACCUCCUCUGGGGACAACUUCAGAGAACUCCCUGGAGUUGCAUUCCUGUCAAAGCCACAAGAUCCUGUGACUCCCAAGAAAGAAGGGACAGGGAAGAAAAGAAAGAAGGGGAAGGGGAAGAAGAGAGACCCCUUCUUGCGAAAAUACAAGGAUUAUUGUAUCCAUGGAGAAUGCCGAUACAUCAAGGGACUAAAAGCGCCCUUCUGUGUGUAA